CAAACAAAUGUAAAAAAGACAACAUUAUAUAAAGCUCUGUCGAAGCUUGAAAAAUUAACUGAAAAACAAAAAGAAAAGCAAAUAAAAAAAAAACACAUAAACAUCUGUCUGAAUCCUCUCAUAUGGAGUCAUCAUCAUCGACGUUUCUUACCACCACAAGCUUAGAACAGAGAAACCCAUCUCUUGUUUCAAGAAAAUCACCAAAGCAUAAGAAGAAGACGAACAAACCCAUCAAAGUCCGUUACAUCUCAAACCCCAUGAGAGUCCAGACUUGUGCUUCCAAGUUCAGAGAGCUUGUUCAAGAGCUGACUGGCCAAGACGCGGUAGAUCUUCAACCGGAGUCCAUCUACGACUCGCCAUCCUCCUCCGACCACAACCCUUCUCCGCCACCGUGCGCGGUCUCUACGCCGGAGGAUCUGACGCCACGUGUUCUCCAUCAUCAGGAGCUGUUCGAUGGUAGAGUCGGUGAUUGUUACGAGCCGUUGGCUGGGGAAGAGAUGUUUUUGCCACAGCUGUCGGCAGGUUUUUCUGGGUUUUUCUCGAAUGGGUUUUACAAUGUGAAUGACUUUGGAAGCAUCGAUUCUAUGUGACUAAAAUUAGGGUUUCAUCGAGUAGAUUAUAUAUAAAAUUAUGAACUUGAUACAUAAUUUUAACCACCAAAGAAAUAGAAAAAAAGAUUUAAAUUGAUACAUGGAUAGAUCAAUUAACUAGGGUUUAAGAUGCGAGUUAUAUGAGUAAGUUAUACUGUACUGUAUAAAGUUCUGAAUUGAUCUUGUUUUAUAUGUAUUUUCUUGAUUUGUUUGGUUUAUUGUCCCUUUAAACUUCGGUAUGUAUGAAUGAAUAUGUAUUUCUUAUGUAAUCAAGAAGUGAUAUUCUAUUUCUAUAGUUAGCUAAUAGCAAA